UUUUAUGUUGGUUGCACUUGAAGUUGGUAUUUGCCAAGAGCCUGCCAUUUUGUAAGAUAGAAGGGAGAUAAAAAAUAGUUUUAUGGUGUUAAAAUUUUACAAAACCUUCGUUGCCAUUUAUAUUAAGGCCCAAAACAAAUGUUUAAAUGGACGCAUCGUCCAUUAUAACUCAGGUGUCUCGGGAUGACGAGCAAUUAAACAAUUAUGGAUCCGACAGAGGGUCAUCCCCUGGCGGGCAGCACAGUGAAGGUGAUGGCACCCCAGUGUCGACACCCCUGGGCAGUAAGAAGUCCGGGGGUGGCGGAUUCCUGCGGUCGCUACUGUGCUGUUGGCGCGGUGGUCGCGGGAAGGGCCCCCCUGGCAAUGGCACGAACAGUGUGGACGGUAGGGCCUCGCCGCCCCUGCUCAUCAUGGCAGACCAUGCUCCCCGACCACUGUUACCACCGAUUAGACACCAGGAUAUGCAUAAAAAGUGUAUGGUGAUAGACCUGGAUGAGACGUUAGUGCACAGCUCUUUCAAGCCAAUAAACAACGCGGACUUCGUCGUACCGGUCGAAAUUGACGGCUCCGUGCACCAAGUGUACGUCCUCAAGCGACCGCACGUCGACGAGUUCCUGCGGCGGUGCGGCGAGCUGUACGAGUGCGUGCUGUUCACCGCCUCGCUUGCCAAGUACGCGGAUCCCGUGGCCGAUCUUCUCGACAGAUGGGGCGUGUUCCGGGCGCGCUUGUUCCGGGACAGCUGCGUGUUCCACCGCGGCAACUAUGUGAAGGACCUGAACAGCCUGGGCCGGGACCUGCGGCGCGUCGUUAUAGUCGACAACUCGCCCGCCUCCUACAUAUUCCACCCGGACAACGCGGUCCCCGUCGCGUCGUGGUUCGACGACAUGACAGACUCGGAACUGUUGGACUUGAUACCGUUUUUCGAGAAACUGAGCAAGGUGGACAGUGUAUACACAGUGUUGCGCAAUUCCAACCAUCCGUACAACCCCACUCAGAACAACUCGCCGAGCACAUAGCCCGGCCCGCCGGCGCGCCGCGCCCGCACGGAGCGGCGGCGCGAGCGGGCCGCAAGAGACGCUCGAGAUGCGCGAGUCAUGCGCGAGCUGCGCGCGCUGCGCAUACACAUGCGCGACUGGCACGCGCGAGCUCGCGACGACGCGAGUCUCGAGCGCGCGAGUCUCGAGCUCGCCGCCCCCGCCCCGCCCGCGCCGCACACCUUCCUCGAAACACUCAUUAAGAAAGGAGCGAAUUUCGUCUUAAGUGCCAAUUUUGCCUUCUGGAUAGUAAGGACGUUGUUUGUACCUAUUUUACAGUUUAGGUAUUUCUUAGUGCGUAAGUGGUCAGUAUGAUGGACUUGUGAUUCUAUAUAUAUUUUUCACCGGUUUAUUUGACUCGCUGUUGAGCUUGCGGUAUUAUGUGCGUGUUCUUAUGUGAUCCGACUGUAUUUAGGAGAUUGACUAACUUAAAAAAAAAUUAUGUCUUAAAGUACGCAUUCGGGUUACCGAUACGAUAAAUGAAUUUGCAAUUUUUUUCCAAUGACAACCUUUUUAUAUCGAGCUUGGGAUCAAAUAUAAAUAAGUUAGAUAUUUUUACCUAAAACGUCUUAGCGGACGCGAUCAUUCAUUAAAAAAUAUUUCACAAUAUUUUAAUUAUACUAUAGAUUGCAUCUUUGACUCUAAAUAAAAUCUGAAUCGAUGGACUUUUAAUCGCUUAUCUCAAAAUCGAUGUGUUCCCGUACUGUACAAUUGUAAAUAUUAAAGUUUUUAUAUACUACAGCUGAUAGCUUCAAUCAUAUAGGUAUAUCGGAAUCAUGGUAGUGUACAUAUAGUUAAAUGAAAUAAUAUAAGCAGGCAGAAAUGCACUUAAGGUGAAUUUAAUCGCACUACCCGAGGUCGUUGUUGCAGUCAAAAAUGAAAUAAAACAAUAUAAAUGAAUUAUUUUAAAUAAUUAUUUUAGUUAUCGCUUAUAAAAUUGACUCUUCCAAUAAUUUGACAUACAAAUUAUAAUUUUAAUUUAUUUUAUCGCUUAAUUUUACUACUUAAAAUAAAAAUGUUAACCCAAUUGAAGCACUUAGUGUUACAUAGCCUGAGUAAGGUUUGUGCACAUUAGACGUAAUUUUGUAACGUAUUGUUACUAUAGGUGUAUAUUUAUUGUGUACAUACCUUGGUGUUUACCGUUAAGGCACUACGGACUUAUCUUUAACAGUCCUCGUUACCCUGCGUACUUGUACAAGUACAAAUUCAAUUCGAGUUUUGAACUUAAGUAUAGAAGUAAAUGAAAGUUAGAAAUUCAAAGGUGUAUAAAUUUUCUUAGGUCUUACCAGGUUAAGGCAAAUGAACCUUCGAAUGCCUGUUAUAAUCCACCUAUAAUAGAUAAUAUAAUUAAAUUUCAAUCAUAUGCAAAACACGGUAGCUAUCCACCAAAAGCCAAUCUAAGUUUAAACGAAAUAACACUUUCUGAAUACUUGCGUUAAGGUCUCAAAUGUCUUGAAGAUCACGUAGCUGAAGAUAAGUUCGUGGUGUCACACAGUUCCCAAUGCAUUGACGACAAUAAACGUCAUUCGAGUGUCAUACAAAUCAUUAUAAUGUAAUUUAUUGAAUAUGUUUAUAUUGAACACGGGUGGUCAGUUCAAUUUGGCAUCUUAAUGUAUUAACUCUGCUCUCAUAUAAAUCUUUAGCUAUUUCUAAAUCCGAUUUAUGUCUGAAUUAAUAAAGUCCAUUUCCGAAAAAAGAAAUUCUAAAGUAAAUCAUGAUGUUGUGGUAAACUGCAAAAAUAUUUUCUUAUGCAAGAAUGCUUGGAAUUGCUUUUAAAUAAGUUGCUUUUUCCUUAAAUUGCGAGGAAAACUACGGACGAUAUUAUAUCACGCGAUAGUCAUUAUCCAUCUUUAUUUAACACUUAUACUAUUAACACGGCGUGACAAGGACGGAUUCUUGCAUGCGACAAGGAAAAAUCACCAGAUGUCCUUCAGAAAGAACAAAUUCUCGCGUGUUUAAUUGCUAUAUUAUUAACUUAAAAUAAUGAUUCAACAUCUUGCAUGGCAACAAACGUCAUGGUAGGUAUAUAAUUUCGAAUUUAAAAAGUGAUAUUCACGUUCUAUGAGAGCAGAACACCGCACGUAUUUUUAUGUCAUCUCAGUAUUAACCUAGUGUAAUAAUCGAUGCCAUAAAACAAUGAAUGGUAGAUAUACGCAUACUUAUGUCGUCAUAAUUGUAAAAUACUACCUGUUAAUCUCUCAAUCGCGUGUCACGAGAAAAUGUGAUCAUUAUUAUGUACUCUACAAAGGCUUUCGCAAUAUAGUUGAUUUGAUACGAGCUCGAGGUUAACAGUGUUAUAAAUAUUGACUGUCUAAAUUUAAAAUAACUUUAAUAGUGGAAUAGGAUUAUUUGCAACAAGAAAUCAUGCGUUUUGGGAUUUGGGACAAGAGUGGAUACUUUUUGGAGCGCUGGACAUUCGUACCCAAAAGAUACCCCUCUUUGACACAAGUUGAUAGUAUCUGGCACAUACAAGCUAGCGUGCGAACGAGUAUGAAUAGUUAUCGUUUAUUUUCUUGUUGUAAAUGUAUUGAUCGCGGCAUAACUAAAGUAACAUAGUGUAGACCUUUGACAAUGAUCGAUCAGAAGAAUUGAAUACUUGCAACUGUUUUAACAUAUUGUUUUCGUCAAUAUACAGCUAUUUCGUAAAUUGACAUCCUUUAUAAGGUACAAAUAGUUCUUUAAAAGGCAUCUAAGACGUCAGUUAGCAAAACAGUUUCGGUAUUAACCUUUGGACCGCCACAAACGGCUGUGGCAAUCAUCGGAAAGUCUUGUCAAAGACGCCAACGACGACUACAGCCGUCAGUUUCGCCAAUGCAAUAGAGACUUACGCGGGACUUCGUAAAGUUCAAUUUCGCUUAAAUAAUCGCGAUCGCCUGGCUUUCGGGGCACGGCAUAUUCUUUCGCCGUCUGGCUUUCAAAAGGUUAACAAUUCAAUUAUUUGUUCUUCGUAAAGGACAUCAGGCUUAACCUUUUGAACGCCAAACGGCGCAUCCAUUUGCCGUGCCACUGACGCCACGGGGGUAAAUUUGAGUUGUUGUGAAUAAAUAAUACCAACCUAAAAGUGGGGUGUUUUCCACUGGAUUUUCAUCAAAAAACGAUCGACGCCAAAUGCCGUCUUUGGCGUCGUUGUCACGAUAUUGCGUUGACGUCAAUUGCCGUCUUUGGCGUUCAAAAGGUUAAUUUUAUAGAAAAGGUAAUUACGUCAUUUAAUAUUGUCUAUACUUUAGCACCGCGAGCUAUUCCUAAGACAUCCAACGCCAUACUGAACUUAUGACCUAUGCCUUUCUAAAAUAUAAAUAAAACGACUUUAAAAAAAACUGUCCCAGAUCGCACUAAAUUCAAAAUUGUAACAUUUUUAUAAAGAUUCGAUUAAUUAGGUAAACAAAAUGGUGCUUUCAGUAUUAGUUGUGUAAGCGGCGACUAUAAGAGUUCUAUAGUACCUACUAGAAACGCACAUCUAACUCUAAAUUGGUUCGAUUCGAUAAUUGCGGGCAGAGGUUGUGAACAAACAAAUUCAAAUGCAGUAAUUUUACAUACUUUAUUUAGAUGAUUUUGUCUAGAAAUUAUUUUGAUUUUUGAUUUCAUUCUCUCAAUGAGCCUUCUGUUCUAAGCAGGACGAAAUGACAAGAAUUGAAAAUAAAUCACAAAUAAGAUUUUUGGAAUAAAGCUUCUUAAUUAAUAUUUCCCAUUCCUUUUUAAACUAUCUACUAUUCUGUGAAAUCUUCAUUUUGGCAUCAAGCCAUCUAUUUAUUGAUUUAUAUUAGUUGCUUAGCAAAAUGGUUUUAUUGUUUUUUUUUUAUGUAAUGUUUUUAAACAAUAUCAAUAUAUUAUUGUUUUAGUAGCGACAUAAUAAAAAGAGAAACGUAGGUCUUCUUUAGGAAAACUUACUAAUGCGCAAUUUCCUUUCAAUUUUAAUGUAUAAUUUCUCUGAACACUUAAAACGGACGUCCAAUAACAGCCGCCUUUAGAAUCACCUUAAGAUACCACAAUUUUAAAUAUUCGCAUUAAAGCAGUUUCUAUUAGGAUGGCUUACUUACCUCUUUUUACUAUGUUAGCGCUGUACAUAAGAUUUUAAAAACAGAACGCAUCUUAAAUCGAUAUAAACCGAUUCAUUUUCACGAUUGAAUGUAAAUGUUAGUUUGUUAUUUAGUACUAUGCUGGUGUAUGUAUGUACUAUACAUAUGUUUUAUUAGAUAUACGCAAAUGCUAGUUGUAACCUGUCCUAUGUAGGGUAAAGUCCUUCCAGAGUGUGCUGGCUUGCGGCCUGUAGUCAUUUUAUUACAAAUUAAUGGCCUGUGCACACCGGCUGCGUGUGCGUGACGUGCACGUGCGCGUGCGGCGUUGUAGUAUACAGAUCCUUAUGAGAGAUGACACACCGCUUGCGUGACGUGUGCGUGUGCGGCUCCAACAUUUUAGCGCACGUCACGCACACGCAAGCCGGUGUGGCUCGGCCUUAAAUGUAAUUUAGAGUACAUAUGGUCCUAUUUUCCCGCUCUAGUGCGUGAAAUAGCACUUUUCGUGCGCAUGUCAAAAGUUUAAAAGGCCAUAUGUACUGUAAAACGUUGUACGAUACACGUGCGAAUAGGUAAUUCGCAUUUCCUCUUUUCCGCACUUGUAUCGUAGAUAACUAUUUCGAAGUUAUUCUAGCAUAUUUAGGCAUAACCAAAUUCCCGCUUAAACAGAAGUGAUGUUCUUCGUAAAGCACAUAUCUUUAAAAUGAUAUAUAAAUUAAUUUAUCAAUAUUUUGUACUUAUGGGUUAUGGCUAGACGAAUAUAUGUUUUACAAUACGUAUCCUCUAGCCGCCCGGACGUCAAAACAUGCCAAUACAAAUGCAAUUUUGAUUUGUCAGAAUGAAGAUUCAAAUUAGAAUGGAACGAGAGACCUUUUUAUAGGCCUGGGCGGCUAUAGGGUAUGGCUAUUUAGGUAUUUGGCAUAGUCGAAUAAAACAUGGUCUUCUCUUCCCAGAGUGACACAAGCCUACGUCACAAUAACAUGGCCGCUAUAUAUAGCGCUAUCGCAUAUUAUUAUAUAGCGCUGUCGCAUGAUAACGUAGGCUUGUGUCAGUCACGUGACCACGAAAAGACGGGAAGAGAGUACCAGGCGGAGUAUAUUAUUAUACCAUGGGUAUUUGGUAUUUUCCCAAUCGCAAAUGCCCGUUUUGACUCGGGUCGCAGGCGUCAUCGGUAGAUCACGGUAGAUGGCAUUUAUUUGUAAGCAUUAACAGUAGAGGUAGGAUGUUAUAGUAAUAUAUACGUUGAUUUCUCUAGUUAUAAGAAUUCUGUUGUUGGAAUGACGCGUUUUUUAAAACAAAUUUAACUUACUAGAAACACUCCCCGUGAAUACCUUACUUAGAUUAUACUUUUUAUUAUGUAUUUGACUAUUUUUGACUACAAAUCGUCCGAAAUGUUAUUUAGGUAAAAAGAGAUAAUUGUUAAUUUCAUUUUAAUGAUGCAUGCAAUAAAAAUUGAUUGAUAUUUUGCUAUUAAUCGUAUAUGUAAUGAAAUAAAUUUAUUUUAUGUCUAACAUUAUUUAGAGAUUUUGUGGAUUCGUCGUUGUAUCAUUAUUAUAUUUUUUAUUAUUGUAAAUUAACAUUGGUUUUUAAGGUUCAGUUUUGAUUGAACGAUCAAUUAACAUGACUUGGAUAUUUGUUGACUUUUAAUGGAGUUUUAGGCUUAUUCUGACCGUUGACAGAAUGGAUCUUUAUGAAAACAUGUGACUAUAAUCAUGAGUUACGAUUAUAAAUAGUAUGUUUAUGUAUAUAAGGCGGUUAUCAGUAUCACGUCGCUCCGGUGUGCGAGCGGGACGUCGUUAUAAUACGCGCAUACCGUUGUAUCGCUCUAACAUCGGGGCGACGUGCGAAUCCCAUCCAGUGUCAUAACCGCCUGACAAUUGAGAAAACUAUUAUUGAGUGCCCGUAAGGGCUAUAAGUUACAGUACAGUUACCUUGUUUUAUUUUAAUUCAUGUAACUAAAAUUCACAAGGAUUCACUCAAGUCAAUUUUAGAUAGCGGUGCUUCGAACAAUUAAUGUAUUUGAAUUACAUGGAACGGCCAUAUACAUAGAUCCAUCCAUUAUAUUGCAAAUUAUGUUUCGCAGACAUUUUCAUUUUCUAAUAUAAUUUGCUUGUAAACAAAGUACAAAUCAGAAGGCAAAGCGAACAAAUAGUCUUUUAAAGUAAUAUGUCCUUAUGCUCCCCAUAAUGUUUAUCAAUGGAACAUUCUCGAAAUUCUUGCCUCUAGGUUAAAAUUGUAUAAAUACUCUAAAUUUUUAUACCGCAAAAUAAUCUUACUUAUUAAGUCACCACUGCCCUUUUUAACACAUUGGAUGGCAUGGUCAAAUUUUUGGGGGUUACUAGGAAGAAAUAUGCUCAGGUUUAUGCGUAACUAAUGCUUAACAGAAUUUAGAAUGAUUAUUGUGUAGUUGCCCUUAUCGUCCUAGGGCCCAGCGGUACAAAUAAAAAAUUUCCAAAAAUGCCAUUGAAAUUAGAACCUUAUGGUGUAGGAAAUAGAGUUGAUUUUGGGUUGUUUGAAAUUUGAACGAAACAAAGCAAAAGCGACUCUUCCAAUUGAAUAUGAUUUAAAUUUCAUCGAACAGAAAAGGUACUAUAGGUAGGACCUUGGGCUUUAGGAGGAUAUGAAUGAAAAAAUUAACUUAUAGGUAAAUAACUUGAGAUAUUAGAUAUCUCUGUAGAGUAGAUAACGUAAUAAUUAGCGUCAUUGGUCACACUAACGUAUCGCGUGUAAUUUAGUAUUAUUCAAGGUACGAAGUACGUAUAUGACCAUGGAAAGGACACGAAUAAUGUUAUAAAUUAGUUAUGCAGCGACCCUUGCCAUUCAACUGUGUCGUGCAAACGUGUUAACCGCUUUAAAAUACUUAGAUUCCACGGAAAAAGUGACUGUAGUAAAUUUAGCUGUAACUGCAAAAUCCAACCGUAUGUCUAUCCAACAUAAGGUUGAAGUUAAAAUUGUAUUUCAAUGGACUAUGGUCGCUUUGUCCGUGAAUCUGUUUUCGUUAGUGAUUUGCAGCUAUUACCACCCCAUUCAAGGCCACUAAAGUGCGGUAUUCUGAAAUUCCUUAGCUUAACACAUUGCAAUAUACAUAGAUUUAAAGAAAUAAUCGCAUUGUGGUGUACCUUUUAGAUGGCUAAGUUUCUUACAGCAGAUUGGCGACAUACCUAUUUAGAUUUUAAAAUGCAUUCAUCAUUACGUGUCUUAUCAUGUAAACAAACAAAUGUCAAAUAUAAAUAAAAAACUUUGCAUAGUAACUCGUACUGUCAGAUGUUUUUGAGGUGAUCCGUUCCGUUACCGCGAUUAUUGAUGAAAAUCUUAUCAGAAAUUAUAUUUUUCAGUGGUUAUUUGGUUGAUUUAAAUACUUUGUCAGUUUCUUUAAUUAUACAACAACAUUUUAAGUGAUGAUUCCAGAGAAGUGUGAUAAUGUCUUCGAGAAGUGUUUGUUUACAUGAUAUGACAAGUAAGGUUGAAUACACUUUAAGUACUUACAUAAAUCAGACUCAGUGUCGGUUCCGUAUUUUAUAAAAUGUUGAGUUAAUAUUUUGAGUGAAUCACACAUCUUUUUUUUUUAUCUUUAAGGUACCUCAUAAUGCGUAAUAAAAUUGAUUGAACAAUGAAUGUAAACAAUAAGCCAUUGUAGAUAGCAAUAUGUACAGCAUUGGACGGUAUUACGGUAUCAGUACCUAUCUGGACGCAAGUGAGAGGACUAUAAGUAUAUGUAUGUGUUAGCCGCGGCAAUAGGAUCGAGUAGCUAGGUAACGUUUACCUGAGACGAAAUUUAUAUAAUGGUGUACAUUUUUGAUAUGAUGUUGUACAAAAGAGACAUUUGGUAUGUUAUUUUAUAGGAAUGAAAUAAAUAGCCUUAAUAAACAA